AUGGCGACAGACUACAAGUUCGAAGGCUGGAUGGGCCUUGAUUCCACGGCCAGCGAGGGCAACAUGGUCUGGCAGGAAUUCACUCCCAAGAAGUGGGAAGAGACCGACAUCGAUAUCAAGAUCUCGCACUGCGGUGUCUGCGGUUCUGACCUGCACACUCUGCGCAGUGGCUGGAGAGCAUCCGACUACCCCUGCUGCGUCGGCCACGAGAUCGUGGGCACCGCCGUGCGCGUAGGAAGCCAAGUAUCCGACAUCAAGAUCGGCGACCGCGUCGGCGUCGGUGCGCAGAGCGAGUCCUGUCUCGGCCGCCAGGGUGACUGCGAAGAAUGCGCCAUGGGAUUGGAGCAGUACUGCAGCAAGAAGGUUAUCGGCACCUACAACAGCAACUUCUACAACGGCGACAAGUCGUACGGUGGAUAUGCGCUGUACAACCGUGUGCCUGGCCAUUUCGCUAUCAAGAUCCCCGAUGCUAUCACUUCUGCUGAUGCGGCGCCUAUGCUGUGCGGUGGUGUGACUCUUUACAGUCCUCUCAAGCACAACAACUGUGGUCCCGGCAAGCGUGUCGGUAUCAUUGGUGUUGGUGGCCUUGGUCACUUUGGUGUGCUUUUUGCUAAGGCUAUGGGGGCUGACAAGGUUGUGGCUAUUUCGCGCAAGAUGAACAAGAAGGAGGAUUCGUUGAAGAUGGGAGCUGAUUUGUACAUUGCUACUGAUGACGAGCCGGACUGGGCUACUGCCAAUGCUCGGUCUUUGGAUUUGAUUGUUUCUACUGUUUCUUCUACUAAGAUGCCCAUGGUCGAGUAUCUGGGUCUUUUGAAGACCGGUGGCACUUUUGUUCAGGUCGGCCUUCCUGAGGAUGGUGGUCUGUUCGCUCCUGUUCGCAACUUGAUGCGCCGUAUCAAGCUUGAGAGCUCGCUCGUUGGUAGCCCUAACGAGAUCCGCGAGAUGUUCCAGCUUGUUUCAGAGAAGGGGAUUCGCCCUUGGAUUGAGGAGAUCCCUAUGAAGGAUGCCAACAAGACCAUUGUUGAUAUGGAGGAUGGUAAGGCACGCUACCGCUACGUGCUUGUCAAUGACCAGUAA